AUGUCUCCUACCGUCGUUCUCAUCACUGGUGCCAACCGUGGCCUGGGAAAAGGGAUCCUUGAACUAUACCUCAGGAAACCCAACCACAUCGUGAUAGGCGCAAACCGUGAUCCCAGCCACCCAACAUCCACGUCUCUGAAAGACCUACCUAAGGCAGAAGGAACCACGCUGCACGUCAUAAAGAUCGAUGCAACGUCUCCCACGGACCCGGAGGCUGCUGUGAAGGAGCUAGCUUCUGCCAAGGGGAUUAAGCAUAUCGAUAUUCUGAUUGCGAAUGCGGGUAUCGCUACCCACUGGCCAAAAGUACUGGAAGUUACAAUUGAGGAUAUCCAAAAGCAUUUCGAUGUCAAUGUCUAUGGGUUUAUUAGUCUGUACAAGGCUUUUAGGCCUCUGCUCAAGGAGGCUAAGGAGCCUAACAAUUAUCUCCCUAAGCAAAACGCCGCGUACGCCCCUAGCAAAGUGGUCCAGCACUGGUACACCAAAGCCAUCUCUGCGGAAGACCCUUGGCUGAACGCGUUUCCGGUCGAUCCUGGUUGGGUGCAGACAGAACUCGGUAAUCGAGGAGCCCAUGCUUUCGGGGUUGACAAGGCCGCUGUCACAGUAGAGGACAGUGCCGCCGGGGUGGUCAAGGUCAUCGAUGCCUCGACUCGGGAGACGCACAGUGGAAAACUGUUCCACUUCGAAGGGGGUGAAUUGGCUUGGUAA